AUGAGAUUCUUCGCCAUCACUUUACUUGCUGUAAUUGCUAUUUCUUCUGUUAGUGCCUAAUCUUAACCUGAUAUUGAAGUAGAAUAUAAGACUAUUGAUUGUUUGUAAAAUAAUGAAACAUAUUGCUAGAAUACAGACAAGGAUUGCUUAACUGAAUAAACUAAAAUUGUAGAAUGUGAAAUGAUAUGUGUAGAAGAUAAUCCUUCUUCUAAAAAUGAUGUUUUGAGCUGUAUUAAUUUUAAGUGUACUUCCACCAAUAAAAAUAUCUAAGCUUGGUAAAAAGCUAUUAACGCUUGCCUUAACUCUAACAUUACCUCUUUCGUUUUAGUUUUUGCUAUUGCUCUUUUUGCUCUCUUAUUCUGA